AUGAAUUUUCCAUUUCGAAUUAAGGAACAUGUCAUUGAUGGCCAGUACAUCCGAGAGUACCCAAGGGCCACAGCCUCUCCCGAUAGUCCCCUAAAGCUCUGCAUUAAACAGUAUACCCCGAUCGAUAACCCAAAUCCUCAACCGGGGGACGUUACCAUUGUCGCUACCCACGGUACUGGUAUUCCAAAGGAGCUAUACGAGCCACUCUGGGAAGAGCUACUAGCCCGCUCCAAGGAAGAUGGUGUUCGCAUUCGCUCAAUUUGGAUGGCGGAUGCCACCAACCAAGGAGCUAGUGGUAUUCUGAAUGAACAGCAUCUUGGAAAUGACCCCUCAUGGUAUGACCAUAGUCGAGAUGUGGUUCAUAUGAUCAAUCACUUCCGCGAGCAAAUGCCUCGACCUAUCGUCGGUGUCGGCCAUAGCUUGGGUGCGGUGCAACUGUUGUUCGCGUCUCUCUUCCAUCCCCGGCUGUUCACCUCACUAGCACUGAUUGAACCACACAUGACCGAGGACCCUCUGUCCGGGGAUGGACCCCUCUUCGUAGCCAUGUCGACUGCCAAGCGUGAUGUAUGGCCCUCUCGGGAGACUGCCAUUGAAAAGUCUCGCAAGAUGCUCAAAGCAUGGGAUCCACGUGUGCUCGAGCUUUGGGGAAGAUUCGGAUAUCGUGACCUGCCCACUGCUCUUCACCCCGAAGUUCCGAAUGAUGGAAGUCGCCCUGUGACAUUAGCAACCACGAAGCACCAAGAAACCAUCAUGUACACUCGCCCAAACGUCAACCGGCAUGUCCAGCUGGGGGUGCCUCAUAGCCAAGCACACACAGAUCCAGACUUGAUCAAGCACAGUGCAGCGCAUGAUCCAUUGGUGGCGCCAGAUGUGCUGGGCCCCCUGCUCCCGAAUCAAAAAUCAUACCGCCCAGAGCCUAUAUUGGCCUACAAACUGCUACCGCACAUCAGGCCCCCGGUGCUCUAUAUAAGUGCAUCGCACAGUCCGUUGGGCAAGGGGGGCGAACAUGCAGAAGCCUCCAAACAGACGGGGACUGGGUUUGGAGGGAGUGGUGGCAUGGAUUCUGGUCGUGUCAAACUUGUCACGAUAUUAAAGGCUGGUCACACUCUGCCACAGGAAAAGGUGGCAGAGACUGCAGGUGUGUUGAGUCCGUGGAUCAAGCAAGAACUUCAGCGUUGGGAGCAGGAUGAGAUCAGGAUCUAUGGUGGCUGGAAAGACCGCCUUGUCCGGGAAAAGUCAGCAUUCCCUUCGGAGUGGCAAGAAGUCAUUAAAAGCUUGCCUUUGCCAAAGCGACCCUCGAAGAUUUAG